GUGGUAAUAAUUCCUUGUGUGCUUCGAGUAGUUGCCUCGACCCUCAGACAAUCACCUUUGUUCGCCUAGGGUCAUUUAUUUUCAACCCUUCAUAAAUCUUCUACAUGAGAUUAGCCACACGAUUUGCGUGCUCCUCGCUCCUCUCCAUUCGAUCCUUGAGCCCACUGUGGUCUCAUUCUCUGCGACCGACCGGAAGACCGCUUCUGUCAAACCCUCCCUCCAAACAGAUUGGCCCUUCCCGGCCCUACGCCACGGUCAUGGAACCUGUCAAACGCAUAACGGACACUCUGGAGAAGCCGGACCUUGACGACCGAUCAUAUCGUGUCAUAGAGCUUCCCAAUAAGCUGGAAGCGUUGCUCGUUCACGAUGCGCAGACAGACAAGGCAAGCGCAAGUCUCAAUGUUGACGUUGGAAACUUCUGCGAUUCAACAGACAUGCCUGGAAUGGCACAUGCUGUAGAACACCUGCUGUUCAUGGGCACAGAAAAGUAUCCCGGAGAGAACGAAUAUAGCUCCUAUCUUUCCUCCCACGCUGGCUACUCCAAUGCAUACACGGCCGGUACCCAGACGAAUUACUUCUUCGAGUGUGCAGCACUACAUGAAGGACAAGACUCCGCGGUGAACGGGGACGCAACGGGACCAUUAUAUGGCGCUUUGGACCGUUUUGCGCAGUUUUUCUUAAAGCCUCUCUUCCUCGAGAAUACUUUGGACAGAGAACUGAAUGCUGUGGAUUCAGAAAACAAGAAGAAUUUACAAAGUGACGUUUGGAGACUGUCGCAGCUGGCCAAAUCCCUGUCGAACCCUAAUCAUCCAUACCACCAUUUUGGCACCGGCAAUUUGACAACGCUAAGAGAUGAACCGGAGAAGAGAGGUGUCAAGAUUCGAGAUGAAUUCAUUCGCUUUCAUGAGAGGCACUACUCUGCAAACCGUAUGAAGCUGGUAGUACUGGGGCGGGAGUCCUUGGAUGAGCUGGAGCGCUGGGUGGUUGAAUUGUUCUCAGAAGUUCAGAACAAAGAUUUGCCACAGAACAGGUGGGAUGGAAUCGAGAUUCUCACAAAGGACCAACUGUCAAAGGAGAUUCUCGCAAAGCCAGUGAUGGAACGACGAUCUCUUGAAAUCAGCUUUCCGUACCAGGACGAAGAAGAUAUGUACGACACCCAACCGGCCAGGUACAUCAGCCAUCUGCUGGGCCAUGAGGGACCGGGCAGUUUGUUCGCUUAUCUGAAAGAUAAAGGACUGGUGUCGUCGUUGUCCGCUGGACAUCAUCCCGUCUGCCCCGGCUCUGCAUUCUUGGAGAUGGACCUUGACCUGACGACGGAGGGUCUGAAGAAAUAUCAUGAAAUCGUGAAAAUCGUUUUUCAAUACAUUGGCAUGAUGAAAGCCAACCCCCCUGUGGAGUGGAUGUACGAAGAAAUGAAAAACAUGGCCGAAGUUGAUUUCAGAUUUCGACAGAAAACUCCGCCUAGCCGCUUCACCAGUGCCACAAGCAGUGUGAUGCAGAGGCAGUUGCCCCGCAACAUGUUACUCAGUGGUACAAGCAGAUUGCGCAGGUUCGAUGCCCAGGCCAUCGUGCAGGCUAUGCAGUACUUGCGGGAAGACAAUUUCCGCCUCAUGCUGGUAUCCCAAGAAUACCCCGGCUCAUGGGAUCAAAAGGAGAGAUGGUACGGUACGGAUUACAAGGUCGAACACAUACCCACCGAUGUCCUAUCAGAGAUUCGAAAAGCCCUCUCUUCCCCUCAGACUGAAGCGCCCAAGGAGCUGCAUUUGCCGCACAGGAAUGAGUUCAUCCCGACCAAGCUGGAUGUUGAGAAAUUGGAUAUCAAGGAGCCAGCGACAGCACCCAAACUUCUACGUAAUGACGAGCUGGUUCGACUUUGGUGGAAGAAGGACGAUGUGUUUUGGGUUCCCAAGGCCAACGUCAAUAUCAGAUUGCGAAAUGCACUCACGGCCAGUAAUCCGGUCAACUAUGUCAAGACGAUGAUUUUCGAUUCCUUGGUUAGGGAUGCUCUGCAGACUUUUUCUUACGAUGCUGAAAUCUCCGGUCUUGGAUAUGCGAUCGCCACCCAUCAACUUGGUCUGGACAUCAGUGUGCAUGGGUACAACGACAAGAUGGCUGUCCUCUUGGAAAAAAUCUUGAUUACUCUCCGCGACAUCGAACUCAAGCAGGAUCGUUUCGAUAUCAUUAAGGAGCGCAUGGAACGAAGAUUCAAAAACUGGUACCUUCAGCAACCAUACGGCCAAGUAGGCGAAUACACAAGAUGGCUAUUGACUGACCGUGGGUUCAUGACCGAUGCAUUUGCGGCGGAACUUCCUCACAUCACCUUUGAAGACGUUAAGAACUUCGGACCAGAGCUUCUCCAGCAAGCACAUAUUGAGAUUUUCGCCCAUGGUAACUUGUACAAGGAAGAUGUCAAGAAGAUUGCAAACCUUGUUGAGUCGACCUUGAAGCCUCGGGCUUUACCAGUCUCACAGUGGCAUUUAAGACGGAACGUUGUCAUUCCACCAGGAAGCAAUUUCGUUUACAAGCAGACUUUGGGAGAUCCGGCAAACGUCAACAACGCCAUCGAGUAUUAUCUCGACAUUGGCCACGUCAUGGACAUUCCGCUUCGUGCGAGGCUACAAUUAUUUGCGCAAUUGACCGAUGAACCAACCUUUGACCAACUCCGGACCAAAGAACAGCUAGGGUAUGUGGUAUGGAGCGGCAUCCGCCCAGCUGCGGUGUCGAUGGGCUACCGGGUGCUGGUUCAGAGCGCUCGGGAUACCGAAUACCUUGAAACGCGCAUCAACGCAUUCCUAUUGAAGUUCAAGCAAGACCUGCAAGACAUGUCUGAGCAAGACUUUGAGGGUCACAAACGAAGUCUCAUCAGUAAGAGACUGGAAAAACUCAAGAACCUGAGCAUGGAGACGAAUCGUCUUUGGGCAUACAUUAGCGGCGAGUAUUUGAACUUUUACCAAGUCCAACGCGAUGUGGCGGCCAUCAGACAGCUCACCAAGGACGACAUCAUUCAGUUUUAUGCCCAAUAUAUCGACCCGGAGUCACCUUCCCGGGCCAAGCUUUCAAUCCAUCUCAAUGCACAGAAGCCAGCUCCUGUACCUGAAGUUUCGGCCUCUGAGAAGAAGGACCAGUUCGUAGGACUAAUCGGACAAGCUCUUGGAUCUCUUGGUGUUGAUUUGGAUGAACACAAGCUGAACACGCACUUUGAAAAGGUCGAUCCAAUCGAUGACGCCGCCGCUACGAAUGCCAUCGAGGAAUACAUUGGCACAUCCCUCGCGUCAUCGGAGAAAGAUCAUGUCAUUGGAAAAGUCAAGGAGGCAAUGCCUCAAAUUCUAUUGGCUUCCAACAUCAAGCCGGUGACACCACCUCCCAACGCUGUUGAUGUUGCUUCGAAGGUUCCCACUCCUGUCAUAAUCGAGGAUGCUUUCCAGUGGAAGGCUGGUAUGCAAACCAGCAAGGCUCCCCUGGCUGUGGAGGAUAUUGCUCAAUUCGAAGACCUAGAGUCGAAGUUGUGAUUGUUAGAACAGCACAGCGAUGGCGUUUGUUGUCAAUCACAUAUGUAGAGGUAGAGAUAGAAUGUCACCACAGACUUACUGCAUAUGAUUUACCAGAAUCUAUUGCACCUGACUAGAAUCGGUAAAUCUGGUGGUUGAAGCCCUAAUUCGUUUAA